CGGCAGAGAGGCGGGUCCGCGGCUGGCGACGCCGCCCGGGCUGCCCCGCGUCGGGGCCGGGACGGGGACCACCGGCCCGGGUGUUUGCCCCACCCACAGAGUCCGAUGGCGGCGGCCGCGCCCAGGAACCCGGCUCAGAAAAGAUAACAGACUAUGGGGGUAAAGGAGGAGGCAGGAGUCCAGGAGGAGGCAGCUGCUAUAAUCCAGAUUGAUGGACCAGAGUGGUGGCCAUAGAGGAUAGUGUGACCUUUGAGGACAUUGCUGUGUACUUCUCCUGGGAGGAGUGGAGGCUCCUUGAUGAGGCUCAGAGAUGCCUGUACCACGAUGUGAUGCUGGAGAACUUUACACUUAUAUCCUCACUGGGUUGUUGCUGUGGAGCAGAGGAUACGGAGGCAUCUUUUGAACAGAGCACUUCUAUAGGUGUGUCACAGACCACGACGCCCAAGGCAGCUCAGUCUUCCUGUAAGACCCACCCCUGUGAGAUGUGUGGUCCAGUCUUGAGAGACAUUUUCCACUUGGCUGCGCACCAGGGAAAAGAAAACAGCCAGAAACUGAUGAGGUGUGGGGCAUGUGCGAAACGAUUUUAUUUCAACAUAAACUCUCAGCAGCAGGAGCAGCACGUGGGAGAGAAACCGUUUAGAUGCGCUGUGGACAAGGCCUCUUUUGUGAAGAGCUGCAGAAUCCAUGAUUCAGGAAAGCCCUUUACCUGUGGAGAGGUUGAGAAGGACUUCCUGUCUGGCUUGGGGCCUCUGCAGCAAGAGGCCACACAUACUGGGGAGAAGCCACACACGAACACCCAGUGCAGGGCAACUUUACAAAGCAGAAAAAGUCAUUACACCUGGGGAGAAUUCAAGAAAGCCUUUGGUCCCAAACACACGCUUGUUCAGGACCACUGUUUUGUGUGCAAUGAAUGUGGGAAAACAUUCAGAUACAAAUCUUCAUUUGCUAUACACCAGAGAUUCCAUACUGGAAAAAGACAUCAUGAGUUUGGUGAAUGCGGAAAAUCCCUUAGGCAGAGCUCAGCCCUCAGUCAACAUGGAAAGACUCACAUUGGGUCCAGGCAAUACAAGUGCAGCAAAUGUGGGAAAUCCUUAAGCCAAAAAUCUGUCCUCAUUCAUCCCCAGAAAUGGCACAAUGGAGAAAACAGUUAUGUGUGCAGUGAAUGUGCAAAAUCUUUUAGCCAUAGCUCAGUGUUGAUUCCAUGUAGAGGUCAAACUGGAGAAAGGCCUUACAAGUGUAGUGACUGUGCAAAAUCUUUUACCUCUAUCUCUGCCCUCAGUUAUCAUCAGAGAUCUCAUACAGGAGAAAGGCCUUAUGAAUGCACUGAAUGUGGGAAAUCUUUUAUCUCUAGGUCUGACCUCCGUUAUCAUCAGAGAGUUCAUUCUGGAGAAAGGCCUUAUGAGUGCAGUGAAUGUGGGAAAUCUUUCAUCACUCGUACUGCUCUCCGUUAUCAUCACAGAGUUCACACUGGAGAAAGGCCUUACGAGUGCAGUGAAUGUGGCAAAUCCUUUACUCGAAGAAAUAACCUCAUUAUACACCUAAGAGUUCACUCAGGUGAAAGACCUUAUGAGUGUAGUGAAUGUGGGAAAUCUUUUACCUUUAGCUCCAGCCUGCGUUACCACCACAGAGUUCACACUGGAGAAAGGCCUUAUGAGUGUAGUGAAUGUGGGAAAUCUUUUAACAAUAGGUGGACACUCAUUCGACACCGGAGAAUUCACACAGGAGAAAAGCCUUAUGUGUGCAGUAAAUGUGGGAAAUCUUUUACCUGUAGCUCCACUCUCCAGUAUCAUCAUCGAGGUCACCUUGGAGAAAGACCUUAUGAGUGUAGUGAAUGUGGGAGAUCUUUUACCACUAGUUCUGCUCUCCGUUAUCACCAGAGAGUUCAUACUGGAGAAAGGCCUUAUGAGUGCAGUGAAUGUGGGAAAUCUUUUAUUUCUAGGUCUGACCUCCAUUAUCAUCAUAGAGUUCAUUCUGGAGAAAGGCCUUAUGAGUGUAGUGAAUGUGGGAAAUCCUUUAUCCGAAGAAACAACCUCAUUUUACAUCAGAGAGUUCACACAGGAGAAAGGCCUUACAAGUGUAGUGAAUGUGGGAAAUCUUUUAACAACAGGUGGACGCUCAUUCAACACCAGAGAGUUCACACAGGAGAAAAACCGUAUGUGUGCAGUGAAUGUGGGAAAUCUUUUACCUGUAGCUCCACACUCUGUUACCACCAAAGAGUUCAUGAAGGUAAAAGGCCUUAUGAAUGCAAUGAAUGUGGGAAAUCUUUUACCUCCAGUUCCACUCUUCGUUACCAUCAGAGAGUUCAUACAGGAGAAAGGCCUUACAAGUGCAGUGAAUGUGGGAAAUCUUUUACUUUUAGUGCCAGCCUUCGUUAUCAUCACAGAGUUCACAGUGGAGAAAGGCCUUAUGAGUGCACUGAAUGUGGGAAAUCCUUUAAGGAUAGAUCACAAUUCAAUAAACACCGGAGAACUCACACGGGAGAAAGGCCUUACGAAUGCAGUGAAUGUGGGAAGACGUUUAGCCAAAAAUCUUCCCUGUCAAUACACCAGAGAAUUCAUAAUAGCGAACGGUCUUAUGAGUGUAGUGCUUGUGGGAAAUCUUUUACAUCUGUCUCUGGCCUUGGUUAUCAUCAUAGAGUUCAUAGGGGAGAAAAACCUUAUCAGUGCAGUGAAUGUGGGAAAUCUUUCACCAAUAGCUCAAUACUGAUUCGACACCAGAGAGUUCACACAGGAGAAAGACCUUAUGUGUGCAGUGAAUGUGGAAAAUCUUUUACCAGUAGCGCUACCCUCUCUUAUCAUCAGAGAGUUCAUGCAGGUAAAAGGCCUUAUGAAUGCAGUGAAUGUGGGAAAUCAUUUACCUCCAGUUCCACCCUUCGUUAUCAUCAGAGAGUUCAUGCAGGAGAUAGGCCUUUCGGGUGUAGUGAAUGUGGAAAAUCUUUUAUCUCUAGCUCCAAACUACGUUAUCAUCAGAGAGUUCACACUGGAGAAAGGCCUUAUGAGUGCAGUGAAUGUGGAAAAUCCUUCAGGGAUAGUUCCCAAUUCAGUCAACACCGGAGAGGUCAUACUGGAGAAAGGCCUUACGAGUGUAGUGAAUGUGGGAAGUUUUUUACACGAAAAUCUACCCUCUCUCAACAUCAAAGAGUUCACACUAGAGAAAGGCCUUAGGUGUACAGGGAAUGUGUAAUUUUCUAUUCACUGUUAACACUGGAGGGAACUCUGAGGAGCCAUCUGAAUUGAAUCUCAGACAUCUAAACAUGCACAGUGGGAUAUCCCUUGGAAGUUUCAGUACUGUAGUAAGCUUGUGUAAAUAUGUUGCACUUUCUAAGCUGUCCAGGGCGCUUUCUAGAUUUAGCUCACUGCUAGAUUUUGUGACCAAAGCCUUUUCACAACUCUCCUGCCUGGCAGGUCCACAAACUACGCAUCCGUCACCUCCACAAUGUAUUCAGUGAAGCUGACCUUUGUUCUCUCAUGAAUUAGAACAAAUUAGUCGUAACCUGAGCCCUUAGGGUCAGUUUCCCCAUCUCCUUAAGUACCUUGGGCAUGGACCUGAAUCAUUGAUGACCCAGGAAAUAAGGGUUUGGCUGGUAGCUUACAGAGAAUGACUACCUUUUUUAGGGACAUGUUAGUCUCAUGUGACACUUGUGAUGAGUUUUUUCAGCUUCCAAGUCCGAAACGGUAAAUGUCUGCCGCACAUUGCUUUGGCUUAUGUGAUUAUCAAGGCCUUACUCUUUAAGUCCUCUUUAAUCUUAGAUUUCUACUUACUCUAUGUUUAUAUAUGGAUUUGGGCUCAACAAGCAUCGCUGGGUGAACUUUUUAGGAGUCUCAAAUUGUCUGUGCUUAAGGAGGAUGGCAGAAAAUAGCUUGCCAGUUUUGACCAAAUUUGCAUUGCUGCCCCACAACCUCUGAAAAACUGCAGGGCUUUCUGGUUUUCAUUUGAGAUCUGGAUGCUUUGUGUUUUAGGAGUUUCAGUGAUGACCCCAAGGAGGGGUCAGUUGGGAGAUCCUCAGAUGCUUCUAAAAGGAACAGGAAUUUCUUCCCCUUACUCAAAGGAGACAUCACAGGAGAUGUCAGCACUGUUGAGGAGUUAUCUUCUUCAGCUUUACAAACAGCUAUGUGCCCUGAUGUCCACAAUCUAUUGGGCUAGGGUCACUGGUUUUAAGACCAUAGUGUGCAGGGGAAGCCAUAAUUGGUACAGAAACACUGGCUUAAUAGGAUGUGGAGGAGACUGCAUCCAAGUAGAUAGAAUGUGCCUCUUCUAAAAAUGGAUCCAGACAAGUUUCUGUGACAGUGACUGUAGAAUCAGUGUGUAUACAAAUCUCAGGACCUCUAGGCAUAUUUAUCUUGUGUAGGUAGUCAUUGUUGGAGAAAAAAAUAAAAACUAAAAUAAUCAAAAGGUUCUGUGGUUUCCUCUCAGUGAUGUUUGCCUCAAAACCACUACCACAGAUGCGGGGAAAAAAGGUAAAGGGGGUUCUGUAUUUCUGCGAUAUGGCCCUUGUAACCCAGGAAGCAUUCCUGGUGACUUGUUUGGAAAUAUUCAUUGUUCUCCACAUUUGCUGCCACUGAGGUAAUAUCCCCGUAGGCAUAAGAAAGAGAGAUGGAGUCAGUGUGGGGUUGUCAAACCUAUUUUCCAAAAAGUGGGACAAAGACAUUCUAUCUUGAGCCAUUUUUAAAGCUUUAUUGAGGUAUGGUUUAUAUGUUCUAACUUGCAUAUAUUUACAGUAUAAUUUGGCAAGUUUUGACAUAGUUACAAACUUCUGAAACCAUCAUCAUAGUCCUGAUAAUGACCUUAUCUGUCACAUUAUGCUUACCUCAUGUCCUUUUAUAAUCUCCCUUGCCCCUCCCACCCUUCAGGUAACCACUGAUUUACUUUCUCUUACAAUAGAUGGAUGAAUACCUUUGAAUUUUUUGAAUUUAUGUUUGGAAUUAUUUUGUUUUUCCUAUGUGUCACAAUUACUUUGAGAUUCAUCAGUGAUACUAUAUGAGUAGUCAGGUUUUUUGUUUUUUGCUGAGUAGUAUCUUUGGAUAUACCAGUUUAUCCACUUAUCUGUGUAUGAGGAUUUGGGUUUUUUCUAGACUUUGACUAUUGAAGAUAAAGCUAGUAUAAAUAUUUGUGUUCUUUAUGUGAAUGUAUUAUGUUUCUUUGAUCUGUCGGGAACUUACGAGUAAAAUGUCUGGGUUACAGGACAGGUAAUGUUUUACUUUUGAUUAUACCUUUUUCAUCUUCCCAGCAGUGUAUGAGAGUUCCAUUUCCUCCAUAUUCUGAAUACUUGGUUUGGCCAUUUUAAUUUUAGCCUUUUUAAUAAGUGUUUAAUGUUCUCUCAUUUUGUUUUAAUUGCAUUUCUGUAAGGAUUCACUAUGGGCAUUUUUUCAAAUGCUAAUUGCUAUCUACAACUUUGGUAAAAUGCCUGCACAUAUCUUUUUCUUAUUCUUUGAGCUUCGGCUAUUUUCCUUUAACAGGACAAUGAAACAAGUGUGUGUGCGUGCGCAUGCGUUAUUCACAAUGGAUUGAACAGCUGUAGCCUUUUAAAUUUUUUCUGCAUUAUUAAUAUGUUCUCCAUCAUCUUUUUAAAUUUUUUUUUAAGAUUUUAUUUAUUUAUUAGAACAAGCAGUGGGGAGGGACAGAGGGAGAGAGAAAGAGAAGCAAACUCCCUGCUGAGCAGGAAGCCAGAUGUGGGACUGGAUCCCAGGAACCAGAGACCAUGACCUGAGCCGAAGGCAGAUGCUUAACCGACUGAGCCACCCCAUGCCUCUAUCACAUUUUUUUUUUUAAGAUUUUAUUUAUUUAUUCAUGAGAGACAGAGAGAGAGAGGCAGAGGGAGAAGCAGGCUCCCAAGGAGCAGGGAGCCCGAUGCAGGACUUGAUCCCAGGACCCUGAGAUCAUGACCUAAGCCGAAGGCAGACGCUUAACCAUCUGAGCCACCCAGGCGCCCUAUCACAUUAUUUUUUUAAAGAUUUUAUUUAUUUGAGGGAGAGAGCAAGAACUAGUGGGGGGCAGGUGGGGCGCAGAGAGAGGGAGAAGCAGACUCCCGGCUGAGCAGGAGCCCAACUUGAGGCUCAAUCCCAGGAUCCUGGGAUCAUGACCUGAGCCAAAGGCAGUCACAACCAACUGAGCCACCCGGAGCCCCUCUCCAUCACAUUCUCCUUAAGUCCAGUCAUUGAAGAAUACAAUAAAGCCUUGCCUAGUAGUGGUUACCUAUUUUCCUGGUUUAUCACCACUGGGGUUGGUGGGUUGGAGCAGAUGUGGGACAAGGUUGCAUCAGUAUGGUCUGGGCUUUACUUUGAGCCCCAAAGCUUGGCUAGGGGGUGAUGUAGAGGUCAUUAAUUAGACCCACAGGCACAUGCCCCCAUCCAGGGCCUCAGUUUCAUCCUAUGUACAAUGGGUAUUAGGAGCUGCCCUAUCCCUGGUCCACUGGAAAUUGUGAAGAGGUGUCCAUUCCUGUAUAGUUCUACCUGUGGGGAGCAUCCUAGAGCCAGGCACCUAUAGCUCUCCCUGUUACCACCACCAGACCACUGUGCCCCCAGGUGUGUCAGGAAUUGAGCUUCUCAGGAGCCCCUGGUCCAAGUCAGUCUCCAAAACCCACCUGCAGGGAGGAGGGUCUGCACAGUACUGAGGUCUCUGUGGAUUCCUGGGAAUAUCUGAACAACUCCCCAGAGCCCCUUGAACCUCAAGUUUGCUGAGUAUGACAAAGAAGUGACGAUGGUGUUUACCUUGGCCCCUGGGAGCAUCAAUAAAACUAACAAAACACUGAUCACUUACUCAUGACAGAAUUCUAUGGCAUUUUGAUCUUGUAUAUGUUUUUUAUAUCAAGUUUUUAAUAUAAAUAUUAACAUAACUUUCCUUUUCACAGUUCUUACUGUGCUUAGCUCUCAGUUAUUGGCAUUUAUAUUGCAUUAGUAAUAUCCUAAGUUUUGUUCAUUCUAUAGAGUGCCACAUAAAUCAAUAUAUUUACUGUGAAAUUUUGUCUAAUCCAUCUGUGUGUGACCUAGCUUAUUUUCUCUUCUGAAUCACUCUGUGAGACCAAGAGCAUGCUCACCAAUUGGUGAAUUAUCACAGAAAUACUUGGAUUCAUUCAUUCUUUUUUUUUUUUUUUUAACUGAGAGCGCACCCCAGUGGGGGGAGGAGGAGAGGGACAAGCAGGCAUCCUGCUGAGCAGAGAGCCCCAUGCAGGGCUUGAUUCCAAGUCCCUGAGAUGAUGACCUGAGCUGAAGUCAGAUGCUUAACUAACUGAGCCACCCAGGUGCCCUGAUUCAUUUUCAUAUGUACUGAGAGAGCUCUUCUUAUGGAUCUCUGCUUGCCCUGCCAGAUUAAUUCUCUUCAGACCCUCUUUAGACAUAUUUGAUUUGUGAUGCUUAAAUGCAAAAUGAUCAACACCAUUAAGGUAUGUUAUGCCAUACACCAGAGAUUCUUUUCACAUAGCUAUGUUUUGGUUCAUUAAGAGUCAUUUUUUUUUCUUUCCUAAAAAUUCAAUGCAAGUUUUACUUACUUAAAACCUAAACUGUUUAACAUGAUGUAUACAACAGAUGACCACUUGGAAAAACAAGCAUUCUUAUUUUAAUGAAUUUUGUUAAGAGUGCACUGGAAAGCUUCCAAAUACAUUUUUAAAACAUUCAGUGAAAUGUGGCUGAUAUAAAGUAGAAAUGAUAAAGUAAUAAAUAUAUAACUAUGUUUUCUACAAUUAGAAUGUUUUUUAAACAUUUAAAAAUUUCAGUCCACUUUAGUUUUGAAUGUGUUGAAGGUAAAUUUUGAAAUCAAAAUGAAAUUUUCACAAAUUAAUAUAUUGUAUAGUUGUGUGUAUCUCCAUAUACUGAGUAGUUUUCACAAAAAUUGCCUGUUUUAAAACUUCCUAAUAUGGCUUGUAUGGAUACUGAAAAUAUAGUUCUUUUUACAUUAUAUGUCAUUUCUGUGAUUAAAUUUUUUAGUUUUGUAUUCUGCAUAUAUUUUUAUUUUUAAAAAGUGAAAAGCAUAUUUUGUGGUUUUAAAUUGGGGUCUUGUUUUGUAAUGACUCGCACAUUUCAAGUGCAGGUUUGUUAAAAAAGAAUUUUUUUUUUUCUUAAAUAAUCUUAGGCUUUUUGUUUCCAUGUUCAGCUUGAUGCAGUUAAUUUUCUAUUUGACCUGAGAUAAAAAUUGAGAUUUUCUUUUUCUUUCUCAUUUGCAAUCCAUCUUAAUAUUUUAUUCCGUUAUCUAUUUUCUCUACACGUUGAUAAUCAAAUUUAAUACAUACAUGUUUAUAAAAGUUUACCAAUAUAUAGAUGUCAGGGAUGUUCCCAGGCUGUCUCCUGUGUACCACUAACCCAUUCUGGUUUCCUUUCCAGAAUAAGUUGUUAGAUAUAAAUGUAAGAUUUCUCAAUAAACUUACAUUUAUUACCCUUUAGAAUACAUUUCUUUUUAAAAAAUUUUUUAAUUGAGGUAUAGCUGACAUGUAAUAUAUUUCAGAUGUAUAACAUAUGAUUUGACACAUACAUCAUGAAAUGCUCACCGUAUGUGUAGUUACCAUCUGUCACCAUACAAAGUCAUUACAAUAUUGACUAUAUUCCCUAUGCUGUACUCUUCAUCUCUGUGACUUCCUUAUUUUAUAAUGGGAAGUUUGUACUAAUUAAUACCUUUCACUUAUUUUGCCUAUCCCCCUAGCCCUUCCUCCCUGGCAACGACUAGUUUUCUAUGAGUCAAUUUCUCUCCUUGGUGGUGGUUUUUUUUUUUUUUUAGAUUCCACAUGUAAGUGAAAUCAUACGGUAUCUUUCUCCAUUGGAAUGGCAAGAUUUUUUUUUUUUUAAUGGCUGAGUAAUAGUCCAUUGUGUGUGUGUAUAUAUAUAUAUAUAUCGCAUCUUUAUCCAUUCAUCUAUCGAUGGACACUUUGGUUCAAUAUCUUGUCUACUGUAAAUAAUGCAAUAAAUAAAGGGGUACACUUAUCUUUUUGAA